AUGCCAUCCAACCGCAUUGACAAAGUCGCUAUAGUUGGUGCUGGUGGAAACAGCGGUCGCUUCAGGAGUUCUAUACUGACUUUCCUGGCAGUGAUUACCGAAGCCCUAGUGGCUGGUGGCAAGCAUACUGUGACCGCUAUCACCAGAGAGGGCAGCCAAAGCGAGCUGCCUUCUGGCGUCGAGGUUGCCAGGGUCGAUUACGACAAGCAGGAGAGCCUCGUAGCUGCUCUGCAAGGCCAAGAUGCUCUGAUCGUGACUCUCAACAGCCAGGCCGACCUCGAAGGUAUCCAAAAGAAGCUCAUUCAAGCCGCCGGCGACGCUGGCGUGGCUUGGAUUCUUCCCAACGAGUUUGGGUUCGAUACAGCCAACGAGCAACUCAUUAAAGAUGUUGUCUUUACGAAAAUGAUGGUCAACACUCGUGCCAACAUUCUUGCCCACGGCAAAUCCUCCUUCAUCUCCGUGGUCACCGGCUUCUGGUAUGAAUGGUCGCUAGCCAUCCCCCCUGCGUACGGGAUCGAUCUCAACAACCACAGCGCCACGUUGUUCGACGAAGGCACCACCAAGAUUUCCACCUCCACCUGGCCACAAGUGGGGCGUGCCGUCGCUGCCCUCCUCUCACUGCCCAUCAAGUCUGAGGGCGAGGGUGCAUCAUGCCUCGAGGACUUCAAGAACCAGUUGGUCUAUGUCUCGUCGUUCUCCGUCUCACAGCAAGACAUGUUGGAGAGCGCCUACCGUGUAACGGGCACCACAGAGGCCGACUGGAAGAUCAAGAAAGAGGGUGCGCGGAAGCGAUAUGACGAGGGCAUCGAUCAGAUGAAAAAGGGUGAUCGCAUCGGCUUUGUCAAGAUGAUGUACACGAGAGUCUUCUGGGACGACAAUGUGGGCGAUCAUGAGGGUCGCGUGAUCAACAAGGAGCUGGGACUGCCGAAGGAGGAUCUGGAUGAGGCAACGAAGCGAGCGGUGCAGAGGGCGAAGGAACAAAAGAACUUGUGGGUUGAUGGUUCUGAUUAA